AUGUUGAAAGUUGAAGAUGGUUUAGCUGCGUAUUUUGCUAGCACAAAAGAUAAAGACGGGAAUAUUUCCGCUACUCCGUCUAUCCGCCCCUCAGCAACAUCUCGAAAUGUAGAGGGAGUUCCUACAGCCCAGGUGGACACCCUCGACAUGCCAUUUGCCAAGGUCAACAGUGUGGCGGACGGGAGUCCUGCAGCCAAAGCUGGCCUGAAGGCUGGAGACAAGGUCUGCAACUUUGGUAACAUAACCUGGGCUAACCAUGAAAACCUGACGAAGAUUGCAGCGGUUGUUACAAAUAACGUAGAGGUAGAUGCCCCCUGGAUUUGCAAAAAGCUUAUUUACUCUAGCUUCAUUUUCGCUGACACUUAUUUGGUGUGA